AGGAGCAGACCUUCACAUUCGCAUCUCAGCAACGAAAAGAGAAGCGUAGCGUCUUGAUAAACGCCGCUCUUCUUUUCUUUCUCCUAUCUCCAAUUUUCUCGCCGCGAAAAUGAGAGAGUGCAUUUCGAUCCACAUCGGUCAGGCUGGUAUCCAGGUUGGAAAUGCCUGCUGGGAGCUUUACUGUCUCGAGCAUGGAAUUCAGCCUGAUGGCCAGAUGCCGAGUGACAAAACUGUCGGAGGAGGCGAUGAUGCUUUCAACACCUUCUUCAGCGAAACUGGUGCUGGAAAGCAUGUUCCUCGUGCUGUAUUUGUAGAUCUGGAGCCCACUGUCAUUGACGAAGUAAGAACCGGAACUUACCGCCAGCUUUUCCACCCUGAGCAGCUCAUCAGUGGAAAGGAAGACGCUGCCAACAACUUUGCCCGUGGCCACUACACCAUUGGCAAAGAGAUUGUUGAUCUUUGCUUGGACCGCAUCCGCAAGUUGGCCGAUAACUGCACUGGUCUCCAAGGGUUCCUUGUGUUCAAUGCUGUUGGUGGUGGUACCGGUUCAGGUCUUGGUUCUCUCCUGCUUGAACGUCUCUCUGUGGACUAUGGCAAGAAGUCCAAGCUUGGAUUCACUGUGUACCCAUCACCUCAGGUUUCAACCUCUGUUGUUGAACCCUACAACAGUGUCCUCUCUACUCACUCGCUCCUUGAGCACACUGAUGUGGCUAUUCUUCUCGACAAUGAGGCCAUCUAUGACAUCUGCAGGCGCUCCCUUGACAUUGAGCGCCCUACCUACACCAACCUCAACCGAUUGGUGUCUCAGGUGAUCUCAUCACUCACUGCCUCUCUGAGGUUUGACGGAGCACUGAACGUGGAUGUGACCGAGUUCCAAACCAACCUCGUCCCGUAUCCAAGAAUCCACUUCAUGCUUUCAUCAUACGCUCCGGUCAUCUCAGCGGAGAAAGCCUACCAUGAACAGCUCUCCGUCGCCGAGAUCACAAACAGCGCCUUUGAACCCUCGUCCAUGAUGGCCAAAUGCGACCCCCGACACGGCAAAUACAUGGCAUGCUGCCUCAUGUACAGAGGAGACGUCGUUCCCAAAGAUGUGAACGCAGCAGUGGCCACGAUCAAAACCAAGCGGACCAUCCAGUUCGUGGACUGGUGUCCGACUGGGUUCAAGUGCGGGAUCAAUUACCAGCCGCCGACAGUGGUCCCAGGGGGUGACCUCGCCAAGGUGCAGAGGGCGGUGUGUAUGAUCUCAAACUCCACGAGCGUGGCCGAGGUGUUCUCACGGAUUGACCACAAGUUCGAUCUGAUGUAUGCGAAGAGAGCGUUCGUGCAUUGGUACGUGGGUGAGGGGAUGGAGGAAGGUGAGUUCUCCGAGGCGCGUGAGGAUCUAGCUGCUCUCGAGAAGGACUAUGAGGAGGUUGGUGCUGAGGGUGAUGAUGGCGAGGAUGAUGAGGGCGAGGAGUACUAACUACUAAGUCACGACAAGUCUGUUCCGUUUCUCUAUUGAAGCUUUUGUCUUGUGGGUUUAUUGUCGGAACUACUACUUGUUUCCGCCUUGUUGGUUCUGUUCCUUUCUCUGUCCUAUCCACUCUUGGAGUCUUGUUCAAUGAUAUGAUUGUGGUUCUGCAUACUGAUUGUCAGUUGCGUUUGAAUUGUUGAUCAUGUUGAGUUUGAA